UUUAACCGUUGCGGCACAAACAGAAGUGUUGUAAGGUAGUUCUCCCUUGCAAGCAUAUCGGCUUCCCAGGAAUUGCUCCUCUGACUUUCUUGCAGUCCUUAAAGCCACAGGAAACCUGUCAGAAACAUCGGGCGGAGCAUCUCCACGCCCUACUUAGGACGCUUCUUUCCACCUGCUACUCUCUCCCGCUACCUCUCCAAGGCUCGGCCACGUUCUUUCAAUGCGCCUGCGCAAAACCGCACAGCCAAAUUUGAUGCCGUUCUCCCCGGUUGCUGUCCCGCCUCACCCUCUGAGGGAGACCAAGCGGGCGGGUGAUGAUGGAGGCGGCUUCGGAGCUCCUGGUUUGCGAGCGCCUCCACCAUCUUCACGACUCCCGCUGGCUUCUGGAGUGCCUGCCUUCGCCGCUUUGCUUGGCGUGUGCCAUCGAGACGUUGAAAGACGGCGGGGUCUCGCAUGUACGUAAGAAGCAUAUACUCUCUUGCCUUCGAGAUAUUUUGACUCGGCAUGCAACAUUAGUCAUCCCACUGCUUGUGCAAGAUGAAAGAGUCUGUGCUCAUUUCAUAGCAACCUUGUUUGAGAUCUUACAAACAGUGGAAAAUAGCAGCUUUCAAGAUUUACCUGUUGAAAUUUUGGUACUGCUGGUAGUAGAGCUGAAGGCUGAUCGGUACCUGCACUAUUUAUUGGAUAAAUGUCAGAAAGAGUUAUGCAAAGUAAUUACCAUAAGAGGGCAUUUACCCAUAUUUAAUCUUCUUGGAAAGUUGGCUGAUGUCAUCCCAAUUUUCACAGAUAUAUUGGUGACUGAACACAUGUACUGUUGUCUCUUUGUAAUUGCCUUUUCUAUUCUGUCUGCAUGUAAUGUGAUGGAGCAUCUGGCUACAAGUUUGAUGUAUCCCAAUGAGAACAUAAAGGCCGCUGUAUGCUAUCUUUAUGGCAAGCUCUACUCUUUCCCAAGUUCUGGAGAGUGGCUAUUUGUGCACUUCACAGAGAGGCUGUGUGGCCUCUUUCUGACUACUCUGAAGAGUGCACAGACCAAGGAGCUGCAAAUUAACUGUAUGGGUCUGUUAAAGCAGCUCCUGAAAUAUGAUAAUUUUGUUUCUGUUAUUAUGAGCAAUUCGGGGAAAGGGGCAGAUUCUGCAAGCCCAGAGUUGUUUGAGGGAGGAAACCCCUUGCCUUUGAUGCUCAAGAAGCUGUUACUGUCAAGAGAUGAGGUACUACAGAUAGCAAGUGCUCAAUGUAUAGCUGCUGUACUGGUGCAUUCACCAGCAAAAUAUGCUUCUGCUUUUAUCCAUGCAGAUAUUCCAGAGUUCCUCUUUGAAUGUCUCUUCUGCAUGAGUGAAAUUCUCAUCUGGUCAAUUUAUUGUUGCUUGCUGCUUCUGACGGAGGAACAGCUUUUCUUUUCCAAGUGCCACACUGUCUAUGGCAUUGAACCUAUUUUAAGAAGCCUGAAAGAAAUCUUGCUUCUUAAUAAUCUGGAAUUGCAAAAGCAGGGACUUUUGCUUUUCACUGAAAUUUUGAAAAGGCAGCCAACAGAAAUCAAAUUAUUUGCAAAUAAUGCAAUAUUUAAAGAUGCCACUGAUGUUCUUAUGGAAGCUGUAAAUUCUCCUGUCCUUGAAGUAGCAGCUGAAGCUGUGAAAGCUGUGACUGCAAUCCUGACAAAGGACCAUGUGAACUUUCCACCAAUACCAUAUGGAGAACUACAGAAGCUGGUUGAAGGUGUGCUAAUGCGGUGUAAUGAUCUCCCCCUGCCAUCUUUUAAUAGGUGGCUCAUGGGUCACUCAGGGGGCAAACAUCAGAACAAAGCAAUUUCACAGCAGGGGCAGUUCCUGCAGAGUGCUUUAGAAAGCUUCAAGAAUGCUUGCAGGUUAGCUGUAGAACUCCAAAAAGAACCUCUGGCUCAGGAGAAUGCCUUCACAGCUCCAAACUCAGAGGACAAAAAUACACUGAGAAGAUUUUCUGAAUUUCUACUAAGGUUGUCUGACUCUUUUUGCAUCCCCAUAGUCAUGAAAUAUUCGGAAAGGGCCAUCCGCCCAGCUCUUAUGGAAGUGUUCAUCUCGACCCUCAGUAUCUUAUUUAGUGUUCUGCCAGAUGCUUGUAAGAGAUUCUCCAUUAAGCUGGCAACAUCUUCUUUUAUCCGACUGAACAUGGAAUUGAAGGCCAAAUUCUGCACUAGACAAAGUAACUCUGCUUUGAAUCAAGCUUGUUCUAGCUUUCUCCAGAGCUUGUGUCUUAAUCUGCAUAUAUCCCUGGAGAAGAUGAAUUCUGCACAAGAUGCACAAGAAAUAUCUGAACUUCUUCAGAGGAGUCUACCAGACUUAAAUGUCAGUGUACUGGAAAGCCUCAGUCUCUUAUCUGAAACCCCGGAUUCAUUCUGUUUAGAUGAAAUCCUACGCAGUCAUCAGUAUAGCUUACUGCUUCUUUUCUACUUUGCUUUUAGUCAAGAAGACAGAUUUGUUCCAGAAACAGAGCUAUUCUCAGCUAUAAGAAGCUUCCUUCUGUCAGUCCAGAGCCAAGGAGACUCUCCACCCCCUUAUGUCUGCAAAGCUGUUUUGUAUCUUUUGGCAAGCUGUCAGGACAAGACUGAAGAAGCUUUAGACUUGGCUUCACUUGCUACAAUAAGGAGGCUCCUGGAUGCUAUAGCUGAUUUCAGCCUGGUAUAUGUCCAUCAUCCACAUCUUCUUAAAUUCUUUUUACACUAUCCUGAGCUUAUGGGAAAAUAUGGUCACCGUAUCCUCCAACUUUGGUUUUUCUACGAAGACUACAGCCAAAUUGAAUCUGAAAAUGCUGUUACAAAGGAUGCUGCUGACUUUUCUGACCCUACCAACAAUUUUAGAAGUUUACUUUGUAUGCUAAAGGGCAAUCCUAAUGCUUUACUUCUCUUGCUGGACCUGCUGUGCUUUGGCACUACUGAAGUGGUUCAGAAAGUCUUAAUUACACUGAAGACUUUUUUGAAAGUAGAUGAGGAUGUCUAUAUCUGUGAUCUUCUUCGAAGUCAAUUUCUACAGAUUUUGCAGAAGUUUCUUGUAGAAAAUAGUUCCUGCACUUUACAAGUAAACCAGACCCUGCCACUUUUGUUAAACGUCCUCUUCCUGGUACAGUUGAGGUAUGCUGCAGACAGAGAGCUGGACAGCAUAGAUUUCAGAUUGCUCCAUCUGGUCAGCAAUUUAUCUGGGAGAUGCAGCCCAACAGACCUUGAAAUUCUUCAGCCGUCCCUGAACUUCUUGUACUGGAGCCUCCAGCAAACAACACGUUCCAGUCAGCAACAGGUGGUGGCAAUGUUGUUUUCCAAUAUACCUUUGCUGGAGUUACUAGAGAAAAUUCUCUAUUGCACUUGGAUGCCAGCCUUCCCCUCUGAACCUGCUUUCUCUUCAUCCGAUGAAGCACUUCUCUGCUCUGCUUGGCUGCUGACAGCUUCCCUCUUGACCCAACAACAUGUUUACAAUACAGAGGUUCGUUAUACCAUCUGUCUUGAUGCUGACAAGGUCUUUCAUGCACUUGCCUUUAGGAGGAGGAAGUCCAUAUUAUUCUUUGUCAGUAUUCUUCAGUUUCUGAGAGCCCUCUUUAGGCAAAACUUCUGUUCGUCCUUUGUGAAAUUGGUUGUCCAGCAGAUAGAUGAAGAUGGGAAACAACUGCCACAGUCAAAUGAGGAUGCUUCCUUGUAUCCACUGGCCAUGUGCCACAUACUAUCCUUGGUUAUCCAUCUGCAGAACCUACUGAUCCAGAAGGAUCUUUUGCUAUCACAAACUGUCCUUGGCUGUCUUGAAAUUUUAUUGGGAUAUCUGCACUCAAAGAAUGAGAGUAUUGCAUGUCAUGUUGUCUCACAACCGUGGAAUAAAUUCCUGCUGAUCACACUUCUUGAUGGUAGUGAAAAUUCCUUUCUUCACUCAGAAAUUCUUCGACUAGUUACUUUGUUUUUGAGGUAUCAAAACACCAGCAUUAUUUCUCAAAGUGAGAUCAGCCACAUACUUCAAGAAGCAGCAAAUACAAAAUUGUCAGAACUUCCUGACGUCACAGUCAUUGCUCUCCGUGCCUUUCUUCUUCAGAUUCAAAGUGGAAAAUAUCAGGUGGAUUCAUCCCAAACUGCUUCUGUACAAAACUUGCUGGAGAGCCUCCCACCAACAAGCCGAUGUCAGUGGUCACAUCAAGGCAUGGUAUGUCUUGGAGGAGUGGCAGUUUCUCUCUCACACAUCAGAGGCUAGAACUGUCCUGAACACUACAGAGAAUUUAAUACGAGAAAGCGAAUUAUUCUGAACACUACAAGAAAGUGCAACAGUAUAUUGAUAAGAAGCUUGCCUUUAUAUUUUCAUGCAAGCCAGCAUGCUUAAAAACAAAGUGAUAUAAUAAUCUGUUCAGUA